AUGGAGUUCCAUGAGUAUACCCAGAAGAUGGAUGAACCUACACCUUUCUCCAUCAAGAAUCUCAGUGAAUUGGAGCUGACAUUGCCGUUACCCUUGGUCGAGUGUCCGGAGGACAAACAUGGUGACAUCAACACCACUGAGAAUGAGAGUGCACACAUUCCAGAUGCUUCGGUUCCUUCUGAGACUAUGACUCAGACUGUCAAUGAGACUCAGCAUGACUACCCUGAUACUGACAGCAAGUCCCAACCAAAGGAUCCGGGGCAGGGAUUAGAAGCAGUAAUCGAAACACAACUUCCAAACCAGAGUGAUCUGGAUGGUGAAUCCCUGAGCCAGGGCAUGGAUUGUGAUGAUCCAGGUGAUGGUCCUGGUGAUGUGGGUGAUCAAAUGGAUCAAAUGGAUGUCGAGAGUGCGGAGAUGGUCGAACCACAUACCAAGGCCGCUGAGGUGGAUGCUGAUGCUGCAAAGGGCUCGGAUAGCAUCCAAGAUUCACUGCGCCGCUUCCUGAAUCCAGAUGAUAGCAUCGACAUGAGCAAUUUGCUCACCAAUGCAGCUUCAUUCUACAUCAAGAAGGCGAGAGAAAUAUCCAGUCAGAGCAUGUUGAGUCUUCCAAAGGGUGAGUUGACUUUGGCAUCAUUGUGUGCGGGCAGUGGUACUGGUGAGUUGGCAUUUCAUGCAACAGUGCAUCAACUCAGUGAAGAGUUCCUCAAGCCUUUGGAUGCCAAAGUCUUGUUCUGCUGCGAAAAGGUUCCAUGGAAACAACAGUACUUGAUGGCCAAUAUCGUUUCCAAGGACACAUGUGUAUUUGAUGAUGUGGUGACACUUGGGGCUUUGGCAGAUCGGAAGUUUCCCUUGCCGGAGAGCUUCAAGAACGAAGACUUUUCAAACUGCAGUGUAUCUACCUUCUUUGGCACUAUGGGCACCAUUGCAGCGACCAAGCCAAAGCUGGUGAUCCUGGAGAAUGUUGAUUCCAUUGGAAAUGAGCAUGUUCAAGAUUCGAAUUUGUGCAAGGUAUGCGAGGAGAUCAAAGCGGUUGAUGAAGCCAUGAAGCGCAUCUACAUCAUCGCUGUGCGGCUGGAUGGUGCGGUCACAAGCACAGAUCCAGCACCCUUCUUUGAUAUGGUGGGACGCAUGCUAGAUGCCUUCAAGAUCGGGUCGUUGAGUGUGAAGAGUGUAUUGUUGGCCGAUGACGAUCCCUACCUGCUGGCAGAGUUGCAACGUCGAAAGCAACAUCGACAAGAUCAAGAGAGUCGCAUCAAGAAGGGUGAGAUUUCCAAGGAGUAUUUUCUCAGUUUUGUGUAUUUGUAUGCAUUGGUUUUUUUCCCUCUGCUUCAAGGAUACCCAGUGGAAACACUGCCAGGGGCAUUCUCGAACAGCGAUGUGCAGCUAGCUGACUUGGCUGGAAAUAGUUUCAGCUCGACUGUGAGCGACAUCGCUUUGGCCAAGACCAGCGCGUGUAGACCUCCGGAGUGCGAGAAGCGGCGCCGGCAGAAGCUGUGGCUGAGGAUCGUGGAGCAUCAGGCAGCGACCAGUGAUGUGCAGAAGAUCAUUGGUCUCAUCAAGGAGUCUCAGGAGCUUACGAUCCGCGACGUCUUGCCGUACUUGUCGGAUUCCAUGACCAUCGAAGCCUUCCAGUCCGAAAUCUGUGAGUGCUUGGACGCCUAUGAAGGCCAGAUUGUGACGCUCCGCCAGGAGAUGGACGAUCAUCGCCGAGCCCUUUCAGCCUUCAAGGAAGACCUCAAGCGCGCGGACGAGCGCUGCAUCGUGGUGGGGGCCGACCAAUGCUGUGAGAUCUGUGGCUGCGAAGCCAUGCGAGAGCGCUUCUAUGCCUUCACCUGUACUCACUGCUGUCAUGAGGCCUGCCUUCGUGCGCUGAUCUUGCCCACCUUGUCGCCGGCUCGCCGAGAGCGCCUCUUCAAGUUAGAGGACGCUCGCUUGCAGCACCAGGCCGCCGCAGCCGGCGCCAACGCGGCGCCUAUGGUGCCUUUGGCAGAGGUCGAAGAUGAGCUGGAUGGAUUGCUGGCCGAGGAUUGCCCGUUCUGUGGUCAGCUGAUGAUCGACACCAUCACGAAGCCCUUCCUGGACCCCAAUGACGAGGGCGAUGCGGAGGAGAUAGAGUCAUGGGCCAUUUGA